AUGUGUACAGCUGAAUUAAAGAAGGAAGAGAAACCGAUAAAAAGAAAAAUGAUCAGGAAGCUGGAGUAUCAUAUUAUAUCUUAUAUAAUAUUUGCUCUUCAUGUGAAGUUAUUUAUGCAUACAGUAUUUUAUACAGAAUGGGUAUGGGAUAUUUUUCAUAUAUAUUUUUGUACAAUUAUUGUAUAUACUAAUAUAUUAUUAAUAUAUGGUAUACGUAUAUAUUUUGGUUUAAAAAAAUUAAACUUAAAAUAUUUUCCCAUAGAAAAUAUACCAUCAUGUAAAAAUUAUAAGAAUAAAAAAAAUAUCCAUCCGUAUGCAGCCUUUGAACGUUUAGAUUUGAUACACAUGAAAUUUCUGAACUUGUUAUAUGGAAUAAUCUUUGUGGCAACAUGGAGAAUAGCUUCCAUUUUUCUCUUAUCGAUGCUUAAUUUGAUCGUUUCAUUGCUGAUAUACCCCUUUUUGAAGGGCAAAGGAGAUAAUUUGGAGAGCCCCAUUUUAUUUUUAUAUCUUAAAUUUUUAAAACUUGUGUGUAGAUUGGCUAUAUGGUUAUUUGGAGUGAAUAAGAUCGAAAAUAAUUAUCUCUGUGAUAAUGAAUGGCCCAAAAACAUUGUGUCCAAUCAUAUAUCUGCUGUCGAUCCUCUUUUUUUUAUAAGUGAACAUGCAUGUAGUUUUGUAGCUAAAAAAUCGUUAAGUAAAGAUCGUCUGGUUGGUCCCAGUGUUCUAGCUUUAAAGUGUGUACUUGUAUAUCGAGAAAAAUCAGAAGAUAGAAAAAUUGCAUUAGAGAGUAUAAAAGAAAGACAAUUACUAAUUAAUGCUAAACAAAAUAAUUAUCCAUCAUUUGUAAUAUUCUCAGAAGGAACAACAUCUAAUGGAUUACAAAUUAUUGAACAAAAAAAAGGAGCAUUCAACUCCUUAUUACCUAUAACACCUGUAUUGUUAAUAUAUGAUUAUGAUUUUUAUAAUCCAUCAUAUGAUAUCAUACCUUUCACAUGGUGGACUUUUCUUUCAUCAGCAAAUUAUGACGGAAGUACAUUACGUACCUAUUGGUUGCCAAAAGUAUACCCCCCUGAUAAGGCUCAAUAUCCAGACUUAACAGAUGAAGAGAGAAUAAAUAUUUUUCAUGAUGAAGUAUCAAAAAUAAUGUUUAAUCAUAUGAAAAAAUAUAAUCCUAGAGCUCCAAAAGAUGUAGACGAUUAUAAUGACUGGCCUGGGUCUUUAAGAUUCAAAUUAGAGUAUUUUCAAAAUGCCUUAGGUAAAGUGGCAACCAAACAUUUAAAUAAAGAAAAAAAUUUAAGCGAAAAAUAA